UCAACAUGGCCGCCUCUGUGAUGGUGUGUCUGGCAUGCUUGGUGAUUGCUGCCGAAGCCGAUCCAUGCAAUCACACCCAUCACUGUUCAGACUGUGACAGAGAGACGGGGCAUUGCCUCACUGAGUGUAACACUGGGUAUUACGAUCGACGAUGUAAGUCUACCUGCAGCAGGAACUGUAGGAAUAACACAUGUGUGCUCUCAAGUAAUGGAAACGAUAACUGCACACACGGGUGCGUCCCAGGAUACCAGGGUACCAGCUGCAACAUACCAUGUGACAGUCCAGGAGGUAACUGUACAGCAUGUCCAGGUGGCUGUGAUAGAGGAUAUUGUCAGCUGGGCUCAUCCUGUGUGUCUGGAUGUGUAGACUCCUACUACGGAACUGGCUGUAAGAACUGUUCAAGUGGAUGUACGCCAUGUAACAGGUCGACAGGAACAUGUGAUGAUAAAUCUGGUAACCCUGUUAGAUUGGGACUGUAUUUGGGACUGUCCGCAGCUGUAGCUCUAAGUUUAACGAUCAACAUGAUUGUAUGCUGCAAGUACUGUCAACGCUCGAGGAAGAACAGUUUAUAUGUGACUGUGUCCCCUGUUAAUCUGUGA